AUGCACGAAUCGCUGAUCUGUUUCAUCUCUUCAGGAAGUAGCGAAGUUGCGAAAGAGUUCAAUGAUAAGUUCGACCAGUCCACCAAUCAGCCUCGCACCGUCAAGGACUUCCAGAACGUACUCACCGACUAUGUCACCGAGUCCGGUCUCAGCAAGUUCUUCCCGCGCGACGAUCCUUUCAUCCAGAAGCUCGCUGGCCGCGCAGCGGCGUUACGGGAGAACAAGUCCGACCCGCUCGGGAAGCCGGAGAACCUGAAGAACCUCAUCACCCUCUCGCUGUACCACCCGAUCAUCUACUGCGACGACAGCGGUUCCAUGGCUGCCGACAAUCGGUACAUCAAGCAGCGCGAGCUCGUCUCGCGGAUCGCCCGCGUCGCGACGAAGAUCGUGCCCGACGACUUCGGCGUCGAGCUGCGUUUCAUCAACUCGCGCAUCACGAAAUCGAACAUGACGACGGAGGAGAUUGAUCAGACGAUCUCAUCGGUCUCGCCGAGUGGCGGGACAAGGAUUGGGACGACGCUCAAGAACGACAUCCUGAAGCCGUUCGUGUACGACAGGCUCGCGGAUACCACGAACCCGUUCAAGCGGCCGUACCUCGUGUGCGUCAUCACGGACGGCGAGCCGACGAGCGAGCCGCAGUCGACGUUCAAGGACGCGAUUGUCGAGUGUCGGGCGACGCUCGACAGUAACAAGUUCUACCCCACGUCGGUCAUGUUUUGCGUCAGCCAGAUCGGGGACGACCCCGCGGCGGAGGCAUUCUUGGACGCCUUGCGCAACGAUGGGUCGAUCCAGGACGUGGUGCACUGCACGGCGGAGAAACUCGACGAUAAAUUCGAUGAGCUGAAGGCAAACGAGGGGAGAUUGGAGGAGUGGAUUCUCAGGCUUUUGACGAAGCCGCUCAUGGGAGAUGAUUGAGGACCGUGUCAUCCAUACUUGUCUUGCUUUCUAUAUGAUGUGAUAUGUCUGUGGCAAGCAUUAUGCAAAACAAUGUUGACGGGACAAGGCUACAGCAUCAGCGGGCAAGAAAUACAUGGAUCAGUAUUUACACUCUACAUUCCCAGUGCACUCAAGCUGUCUUGACACCACCCCAGGCGACACU